AUGGCACCCGAGCCUGAACACAAGAAGAAGGUCAACUUGGCCGACGUCUCCGGCUCCGAGCCUAAAGAGGAAAAUGACACCUCAACGGCCAUCCUCAAGAAGAAGAAGAAGCCCAACCAGCUGAUGGUUACUGAUGCCGUCAACGAUGACAACUCUAUCAUCGCACUUUCGAACAACACUAUGGAACAACUCCAACUGUUCCGUGGAGAUACAGUCCUCGUUCGAGGCAAGAAGAGAAAGGACACCGUCUUGAUUGUCCUUGCGGACGAUGACCUUGAUGAUGGUAGUGCCCGACUCAACCGAGUUGUCCGUCACAACUUGCGGGUGAAGCACGGCGAUAUUGUCACUAUCCACGCGUGUCCUGACAUCAAAUAUGCUAAGAGAAUUGCGGUGCUUCCUAUCGCCGACACAGUUGAAGGUCUGACUGGUUCGCUCUUCGACGUCUUCCUUGCCCCGUACUUCCGAGAAGCCUACCGACCCGUUCGUCAAGGCGACCUGUUCAUCGUCCGAGGUGGUAUGAGACAGGUGGAGUUCAAGGUAGUUGAGGUUGAUCCUCCCGAGUAUGGCAUUGUUGCGCAGGAUACUGUGAUUCACUGCGAGGGUGAACCUAUUCAGCGCGAAGAGGAAGAAAACAACCUCAACGAAGUUGGCUACGAUGACAUUGGUGGCUGCCGCAAGCAGAUGGCACAGAUCCGAGAGAUGGUUGAGCUACCGCUGCGCCAUCCUCAGCUCUUCAAGUCUAUCGGUAUUAAGCCACCUCGUGGUGUUUUGCUUUACGGUCCCCCAGGUACUGGUAAAACCCUCAUGGCUCGUGCCGUCGCCAACGAGACCGGAGCCUUUUUCUUCCUGAUCAAUGGUCCCGAGAUCAUGUCCAAGAUGGCUGGUGAAUCGGAGUCGAAUCUCCGAAAAGCAUUCGAAGAGGCAGAGAAGAAUUCUCCGGCUAUCAUUUUUAUCGACGAGAUCGAUUCUAUCGCUCCUAAGCGAGAUAAGACAAACGGUGAGGUUGAGCGACGUGUAGUUUCUCAACUCCUUACCCUCAUGGACGGCAUGAAGGCUCGAUCCAACGUUGUCGUUAUGGCAGCCACCAACCGACCUAACUCUAUUGACCCUGCCUUGAGACGUUUCGGCCGUUUCGAUCGCGAAGUCGACAUCGGCAUUCCUGACCCUACUGGUCGUCUUGAGAUUCUACAGAUUCACACCAAAAACAUGAAGCUCGGCGACGACGUCGAUCUCGAGCAGAUUGCGGCGGAAACUCACGGUUACGUUGGUUCUGAUAUCGCUGCUCUUUGCUCGGAGGCUGCUAUGCAGCAAAUCCGAGAGAAGAUGGAUCUCAUCGAUCUUGACGAGGACACCAUCGAUGCCGAAGUAUUGGACUCUCUAGGCGUCACUAUGGAGAACUUCAGAUUCGCCUUGGGCGUGUCGAACCCGUCUGCCCUUCGCGAAGUCGCAGUUGUCGAGGUGCCCAAUGUCCGCUGGGAAGACAUUGGAGGUCUGGAGGAGGUCAAGCAGGAUCUCAAGGAAAGCGUCCAGUACCCUGUCGACCACCCCGAAAAAUUCCUCAAGUUUGGUCUUUCUCCGUCCCGUGGUGUCCUAUUCUACGGCCCGCCCGGUACGGGUAAAACCAUGUUGGCUAAGGCUGUUGCCAAUGAAUGUGCGGCCAAUUUCAUCUCAGUGAAGGGUCCCGAGUUGUUGAGCAUGUGGUUUGGCGAAUCCGAGAGCAACAUCCGAGAUAUUUUCGACAAGGCUCGUGCGGCUGCUCCUUGUGUCGUCUUCCUGGACGAGUUGGAUUCGAUUGCCAAGGCUCGUGGUGGAUCUGUUGGAGACGCUGGUGGUGCCUCGGAUCGUGUUGUCAACCAACUUCUAACCGAAAUGGAUGGUAUGACCUCGAAGAAGAACGUCUUCGUCAUCGGAGCUACGAACAGACCUGAGCAAUUAGAUCCGGCCCUGUGCCGUCCGGGUCGUCUCGAUUCGCUAAUCUACGUACCAUUGCCCGACGAGGCUGGUCGUCUCAGCAUUCUCACGGCCCAGCUUCGUAAGACACCGGUUGCUGCCGAUGUCGACCUCAACUAUAUCGCAUCCAAGACCCACGGGUUCUCCGGUGCUGAUCUCGGAUUUAUUACCCAGCGAGCAGUCAAGAUUGCCAUCAAGGAAUCCAUCACCAUCGACAUCGAGCGACAACGUGCUCGCGAGGCUGAAGGAGCCGGUGACAUGGACGUCGAUGAAGAUGCUGAGGAUCCUGUUCCUGAGUUGACGAAACGUCACUUCGAGGAGGCUAUGCAAAUGGCCCGAAGAUCCGUCAACGACGUUGAGAUCCGCCGAUACGAGGCUUUUGCGCAACAGAUGAAGAAUGCCGGACCCGGUGCCUUCUUCCAGUUCCCUGCUGCCAACGCCGGUGCCACGGGCUCGGGAGACAACUUCGGCCAGGCUGGUGACGAUGACGGUCUUUACGACUAA